AUGUCUAUGCCACAACAUCGACAACUACAAGACCAGCAAGCAUGCGCUACAGAAGAUUGGCUCUUGAUCGAAGACUCCUCGAAGAGCUCUGGCCAAGGAGCACCGGUAGACAAGAGUCAAGAGAUCGACUUGAGUGACAUGACAGGACUUCUCGCAAGUAUGAAGCUACAAUGCACCGAGCUGGCUAAGGCGCAGCAUGUCAUUGAACAAGUUCUCGAGAGACAAGCCCACGAAAUCGAAAGUCAAAAACAGCAGCUAUCAGAGCUCAAAGACGAACUUGAUCGUUCGCUUGAAGAGCACAUGCUUGAUAUGCAGCAGCGAUUGACAGAGAAGAUCCUGGAAGAUUGCGACGCCUUGAGGACAGAGCUUCGUCGAGAACUUGCUAGUGACAUCGGCAGACUGCAGAAUGAGAUAGAGAAGAUCUUGCAAAUGCUGGACGAUGAAACGAAGCAACGCCAGCGUGAGGUUGAGGCGUUAGAGUUGGACGCAGCGUUGUCCCAACAGACACAGCAACAGUCUCUCGAUGAUUCUGACAAGCGCAUUCAGCGUCUUCAAAAGCAUAUUGCGACCGUUGACAACCCAGGAGGAGAAGCUGAAGUGAAGCGGCCUGCUGGUGAACAGCGGGACAAAGACACUUCUAGAGAUCACGACGCUCAUCGAGCUUCGAUGCAGUGGAGCAUGUUCUGCGACGACUGCCGGAAGGAGAUGAACGACGGGGAUGCGGAGGCAAGCAAGAACUCCUGGGAGGGUCUUUGGUAG